UUAUAACCAAAUCCAAUAAAAGUCUUUUGGUUUAUUGAAAAUAAAAUAAAUGAUGGUACAAAAAAGAAGUAAAUUAAGAGAGAGAGAGAAAAAAACGGAAGAAGUUGUUAUGUAAAAUACUAGUAUUAAUUUCCGAAAAAAAAAAAAAAGGGGAAAGAGAAGGAAGUUUUGUAAAAUAUUUACAGGAAGGUGAAUUAACCUUGUUCACUCACACACAUACUAAGGUGAAUUAACAGUCUUUCUUCAACUGCAUAGUCUCAGAAGAGAAGGCUUGGUUCGACGCACUCAAUCAUCGAGAAGAAUUUAAUCCUUAUCGUUCAACGUUCGAGCAAGCAGUCUGAAGAUGGCCAAUUACCUUGUAGCAACUGAACAUCUCAUAAAUUGUCUGUGGUACGGGUCUCUAUGGGGGAAUGUGAAGAAGAAAUUUGACUUAAAAUAUUAAAGUGGGAUGCUAAUGCCUAUGCCAAUAUGAAUAUCAGCUUGGAAUGUACUGAGCAGAAGAGAUGUAGAGAGGCAAGCCUGUCAUCAUCUUUCCACUGUACUGUGUACUCAGAGAUAGAAGAAGUUGGAUGGGAGCAUUUGGUGAGGUUGAGCCAAGAUCUAAAGUUUCUUAGUUUUCGCAUUUUUGCUAGGGACAAGACAGGAAGAGUGCAUAUUAUGGAAAUUCUAUUGGAUAAAUCCUAUCCCAAAUGUCCACCUUCGAUUUCAGCGGAUGUACCUCAUAUUUUCAAUUUGGAAUGGUCAAUUAAUUCAAGAUUGAAAGAUGUUGUGCAGCAGUUUCAGGAGCAUCUGGAGAAUCUUCAGGAAUUUUGGUCUACCGUGGAUGAUAUUGACCAAUCUCUUUGGGUGGUUGAUCCAAAACAGCUAGAUCGUGCUGCAUCAUAUCGCCAAAUCAAUAUUGGAAACGAAUGUUUUCUCAUGUUAUUUAUAGAUGCCAAUGAUCCAAAAUCAUUACCAGAUCAUUGGAUUAUAACUUCUUGUAGGUAUCGUUUUAUGGGUGCAGAUCCAGAGGUCAACUCAUUGAGAAAAUUAUGGAAAAGAAAUUGCAGAAAAUGGUACGUACUCACACUCACAUUUCAAAAAUUGCCCACGAUGGAGCUCGAACCCCUCACCUCCCCUUUGAGGAAGAAGAACAAACCUGUUCCCGAAAAUCUUGCAAUCAUAAUGGAGACUCAACUUCCAGGACCUCCAGAUGUCCAGAAAAAUAAUCAGCAAGUUGAAUGUGGAAUUUGUUACGCACAAUGUCUUCCCAUUGAUGAUGAACUUGGAGCUAGGAGUGGAAGUGGAACUGAUUAUACAUGUGACAAUAACAAUUGCAAAAGGGCUUUCCAUAGUCUUUGCCUUGGGGAUUGGUUGCGCUCCAUCACAAGUACAAGGCAGUCAUUUGAUGUUAUGUUUGGGAAUUGCCCAUACUGUUCUGAGCCAGUUGCCGUAAAAAUCAACUCCAAAAAGUAAAUCCCUGAUUCCCUGUUCUUCAUGACCUUACUGAAACUCUUCAGAUGAUCUAUCUCCCUUAGCAACUGGGGAUGGAUGAUGGAUACAUAACCGUUGAAAAUUCAGCUCUUCUUGUUCCGGUCGCUAACUGCAACAGACACCUUCUUUGGCCAAUGCUGUCCAAAGAUAAAGUCGGUGCCAUUAAAUUCUAAGCUUUAAAACAGCAUCCUAUCCAUGUAAGUUCACCUCUCAACCACCACCCAGUUUUUUUGGUACUAUACUGAUUCAUCACUUUCAGACAUGCGACUUAUUGAUGAUGUGUACUUUUCAAUCUUCUAUGGUCUGUCCUGACCUUAUCCUCAGCUCUUUGACUUGGUUAUACUUACAAAGGUUGAUUAGGACUCGUCAUAAGAGUUCUGAAUCAUAUCUAUUUCCUAUUUUCAAUCCUUUUGCUGUCAAUACAAUCAUUUAUUUGAAUGAAUGCAUUGUUUUGCUUGCUUCUGAACAGCUUUAUGUUGAUCUC